AUGCUCUUCUAUUCCUUUCUCAAGUCCCCUGUGGGCAAGGUCGUGGUGGGUGGAACUGUCCAUUCUGUGGAUCUUCUCAACAUCAAACUACCUGCUAUCAGUGUCACAGACCCUGAGAAAUACCCCCACAGUUCUGGGCUGCUUUAUCCGGGGCUGGUUGGUCCGUAUGCUCAGUUGCCAGCAGAUGAGGCUGGCCCACGAUUGCUACAAGAUGCAGCAAGGAGGGAGGUCCUGUUGCAGAAGGAGUGA